UCGCCAACUUAAGGGGGUUGCUAUAAUUAAGUAAACCGAUCCGGUUGCAAAGGAAUUUCAUGCCCCUAGUCAACGCUAAACAAAUUAUUCAAAAAGCGGUCAAACGCCACUACGCGGUUCCGCACAUCAACAUCAAUAACUUAGAGUGGACUAAAGCAAUUUUAGAAACGGCCCAAGCGAUGGAUUCGCCGAUCAUUUUAGGCACUUCCGAGGGCGCGAUUAACUACAUGGGCGGCUACCAAACGGUUUUUAACUUGGUGAGCGGUUUGGUUGAAGAUUUAGCAAUUAAAGUGCCGGUGGUUUUGCACCUUGAUCACGGUUCAUACGAAGCCGCUAAACUGGCAAUCAACAUGGGCUGGACAUCGGUUAUGUUUGACGGAUCCAACUUACCUUUUGAGGAAAACUUGCAUCUAUCCAAGGAAAUCGUUAAGUUGGCUCAGCAUCAAGACGUCUCGGUAGAAGUGGAAGUUGGUUCGAUCGGCGGCGAAGAAGACGGAGUGAUUGGCACGGGCGAACUAGCCGAUCCCGACCAGGUCGCUCAGAUGGCUCACAUCGGCGCCGAUAUGAUUGCGGCCGGGAUUAACAACAUUCACGGACGUUAUCCCAGCGAUUGAAAAGGCUUGGACUUUAAAACGUUGGAACUGCUCAAAUCAAAAGCCGACGGCAAGGCGCUAGUUUUACACGGCGGGUCGGAGAUUCCCAGCGACCAAAUUAAAGCUGCGAUCAAACUGGGCAUUGCCAAAGUCAAUGUCAACACCGAGCUCCAAAUUGCGAACGCUCUGGCGAUUGAACAGUUUGUUUUACAAGGUCAAGUUAAAGUGGGUCGCAACUACGACCCGCGCAAGUUGCUCAAACCAGGCUACGAAGCGAUUAAAAAAGUUGUCCAGGAUAAGAUUACGCUCUUUGGCUCGCAACGCAAAGCUUAA